UUUUAGUCUCUUUUACUUCCCACACUCUUUUGUCCUGCCUCCCUUUUCUUUACAACCACCCCCAAUUAAAGUUGCCGCUUUGGUGUAGUGGGAUAAUUUUCAAAAAACAAACAGUCUUUCCAAACUUUUCAACAACAACAAUAAAGGGAAUAUGUGCAGAAUGGUCAGACUUUCCUCAUUAAAUGGACUUGUGGUGGAGGAAAAGAAUGGAAAAAGGUUUUUUAAGUUAACCAGUACUUUUUUGUUCCUUCCCCCGGUCAAUUUAGCUUCUAUUUUGCCUAAGUGUGGACAGUGGUCAGCCAUCCUUCCUCAUUAAAUGUCUAGGCCAUAAGUCACCAGCGUUCGCAUCGGGACCUAGGCCAAUGGUGGGUCAUUUGCAAUAGGUUCACCGGUAAUGAUGCAGCUUUUGGGGAGAUUGGAAAAAAGUGAAGUGAGGGACGCUGGGGGAAGUCUGACCUUUCUGAACAUAUUAAGGAAAAAACUAGGGAAGACAAGACGAGGGACCCUAAUCCUC